UGGGGACGAGGGGUGAAGCGGCCGAGGAGCGGGUAGGUGAUGGUUCCUGGAUCGUCAGGGACCCAGGCUCCUUCCAUAUUGUGGCUCUGACUUCCCCCUCCUGGUUUUAGCAUAUGUGCUGCCAAAGCCAGCACCACACCUAAGAAACUGACCUUUGAUUCAGUCCUGUCAUCUGAUAUACAGGCCACUUUCACAUUUCCCCACAAAUAUCUCCUGUGGACUUUUAUUUCCCUGCUGUCGUCACCCAUCCGGGAUCCAGAGCUGUGUGGGACCCAAGUCCUGAGCUCUGAGCCAUUUUCUGGCCAGGGCUCUCUCCUCCUCUCUCCUUUGCCCCUGGAGGAGAAGUCAGCAGUGCCCCAGGCUCUGAGAGGCAUGCUCAGGAAUGCAGCAGCCGUCUAUCUGCACUUGGUGAGGCACAAGGGAAGGAAGGCUGGAGCCUCGCUCACCCGGCACUUGCACCAGACUCUCACCAUGGCCAAACAACUGCAGGCCCGAAGGCUGGACGGGAUCGACUACAACCCCUGGGUAGAGCUUGUCCAGCUGGCCAGUGAGUCUGAUGCCGUGAACUUGGGCCAGGGCUUCCCUGACUUCCAGCCCCCAGACUUCGCCGUGGCAGCCUUUCAGCAAGCCAUCAGCGGGAACUUCAUGCUCAACCAGUACACCGGGGCGUUCGGUUACCCACCACUGACAAAGAUCCUGGCAAGUUUCUUUGGGAAGCAUCUGGGACAGGAGCUGGACCCACUCACGAAUGUACUGGUGACUGUGGGUGCCUACGGGGCCCUGUUCACAGCCUUCCAGGCACUGGUGGAUGAAGGAGACGAGGUCAUCAUCAUCGAACCCUCUUUUGACUGUUAUAAGCCCAUGACACUGAUGGCAGGGGGUCACCCUGUAUUUGUGGCCCUGAAGCCGAGUCCCACCCAGGAUGGGGAACUGGAUUCCAGUAGCAACUGGCAGCUGGACCCCACAGAGCUGGCCAGCAAAUUCACAUCUCGUACCAAAGCCCUGGUCCUCAACACACCCAACAACCCCCUGGGAAAGGUGUUCUCCAGGGCAGAGCUUGAGCUGGUAGCCAGCCUGUGCCAACAGCACAAUGUGGUGUGCAUCAGCGACGAGGUCUACCAGUGGAUAGUCUACGACGGCCACCAGCACAUCAGCAUAGCCAGCCUCCCUGGCAUGUGGGAGCGGACCCUGACCAUCGGCAGUGCCGGCAAGACUUUUAGUGUCACCGGCUGGAAGGUGGGCUGGGUCCUAGGUCCAGAUAAUAUCAUGAAGCACCUGCGAACUCUGCACCAGAACUCCAUCUAUCACUGUCCCACGCAGGCCCAGGCUGCGGUAGCCCAGUGCUUUGAGCGGGAGCAGCUGCACUUUGGCCAACCCAGCAGCUACUUUGUGCAGCUCCCACAGACCCUGCAGCGCCGCCGUGACCACAUGAUACGCAGCCUGCAGUCAGUGGGCCUGAAGCCCGUGAUCCCCCAGGGCAGCUACUUCCUCAUCACAGACAUCUCGGGCUUCAAAAGCAAGAUACCUGACUUGCCUGGUGCUGCAGAUGAGCCCUAUGACAGACGCUUCCUCAAGUGGAUGAUCAAGAACAAGGGCUUGGCAGCCAUCCCAGUCUCCAUCUUCUGUAAUGUGCAACAUCAGAUGCCCUUUGACCACUAUGUCCGCUUCUGUUUUGCGAAGGAUGAAUCCACACUCCAGGCCAUGGACGAGAAGCUACAGCAAUGGAAGGCUGAUCUCAGACCCUGACGUGACAUCACCCCUGGGCCCUGCCCUGUCUGGUUCCUAUGCACUCCUUGGGUGUCUGUCCUGGUCCAGGUUUCAGCCACUCCCAGGUCGGAAGAAGAUGGAUGGUUCGGGGUACCCCUACUCUAUGACAUAGAAUGUUCCCAGGGAAAAGCCACCCUUUUUGGUCUUGGGGGAGUCGGGAGUCCCCUCCCCGUAGUGCCUAUACUCCUGUCUUGGAGGUGAAGGCCCGUCCUCAGCCUCUCCUUGCACCUCCCUAGGACCGGUCGUAGUGCCUUGGGUUGUUUCUGGCCUCCCCAGACUUGGCUGGGGCUGAAGGAGCAGAGUCCAACAGUGUAUAGGACUUCAAGUCCCAUCCCUGUCCUGACCCCAGCUAAGGCUCAGGCCUUCCCUUAUCUCACCUUGAACUUUGAAAUUUGCCUUUAUGGUUGAGUCCUUAAGCCAGUCCUUUUUGCCCAUAAUAAAGUUUUAAGUUAUGCAAA